AUGACAUCAAAACUCAACAUGCGGGAUCAAGAUUCAAGGGUUGAUUGAAGAUGGAUCUAUAAUGAUAGAGAAAUGAAACACACUUACUCACGAUUUCAUCUACUUGACAUUUUGAAAAAAGAAUUGGCUGAACUUGAAAAUUGACUCAUUGAAUGAGUAAACGAUUGAAUCAGAUUCGGUUGGGUGGUACCAACUAAAUCGAGUACUAACUCCCAUUUUUUUUCUUAUUGAAUUAACCGAUCAACUUGCUAUCGGACAUUUAUUUUUGAUUUGACAUGGCACUAUUCCAAAAAAAAUUUCGACAUAUUUCACUUUAUUAUAAUUAUGAGAAUCAAUCCUACCCCUUCUAGUCCUGUGGUUUCCACACUUGAAGAAAAAAACCUAGGGCGUAUCGCUCAAAUUAUUGGCCCAGUACUGGAUGUCGUUUUUCCCCCGGGCAAGAUGCCUAAUAUUUAUAACGCUUUGGUAGUUAAGAGUCGAGAUACUGUCGGUCAGCAAAUUAAUGUGACUUGUGAGGUACAACAAUUAUUAGGAAAUAAUCGAGUUAGAGCCGUAGCUAUGAGUGCUACAGAUGGGCUGAUGAGAGGAAUGGAAGUGAUUGACACGGGAGCUCCUCUAAGUGUUCCAGUCGGCGGAGCUACUCUCGGACGAAUUUUCAACGUUCUUGGGGAACCUGUUGAUAAUUUAGGUCCUGUAGAUACUCGUACAACAUCUCCUAUUCAUAGAUCUGCGCCUGCCUUUAUACAGUUAGAUACGAAAUUAUCAAUCUUUGAAACAGGGAUUAAAGUGGUGGAUCUUUUAGCUCCUUAUCGCCGUGGAGGAAAAAUCGGACUAUUUGGGGGAGCUGGAGUGGGUAAAACAGUACUCAUCAUGGAAUUGAUCAAUAACAUUGCCAAAGCUCAUGGAGGCGUAUCCGUAUUUGGCGGAGUAGGCGAACGUACUCGUGAAGGAAAUGAUCUUUACAUGGAAAUGAAAGAAUCCGGAGUGAUUAAUGAAAAAAAUAUUGCGGAAUCAAAAGUAGCUCUAGUCUAUGGUCAAAUGAAUGAACCGCCGGGAGCUCGUAUGAGAGUUGGUUUAACUGCCCUAACCAUGGCGGAAUAUUUCCGGGAUGUUAAUGAACAAGACGUGCUUCUAUUCAUCGACAAUAUUUUUCGUUUCGUCCAAGCAGGAUCAGAAGUAUCCGCCUUAUUAGGGAGAAUGCCUUCCGCAGUGGGUUAUCAACCUACCCUUAGUACAGAAAUGGGUUCUUUGCAAGAAAGAAUUACCUCUACCAAAGAGGGAUCUAUAACUUCGAUCCAAGCGGUUUAUGUACCUGCGGACGAUUUGACCGACCCUGCUCCUGCCACGACAUUUGCACAUUUAGAUGCUACUACCGUACUAUCAAGAGUAUUAGCUGCUAAAGGUAUUUAUCCAGCAGUGGAUCCGUUAGAUUCAACGUCAACUAUGUUACAACCUCGAAUCGUUGGUGAGGAACAUUAUGAAACUGCGCAAAGAGUUAAGCAAACUUCACAACGUUACAAAGAACUUCAGGACAUUAUAGCUAUCCUUGGGUUGGACGAAUUAUCCGAAGAAGAUCGUUUAACUGUAGCAAGAGCACGAAAAAUUGAGCGUUUCUUAUCACAACCCUUCUUCGUGGCAGAAGUAUUUACUGGUUCCCCAGGGAAAUAUGUUGGUCUUGCAGAAACAAUUAGGGGAUUUCAAUUGAUCCUUUCCGGAGAAUUAGACGGUCUUCCCGAGCAGGCCUUUUAUUUGGUGGGUAACAUCGAUGAAGCUACCGCGAAAGCUAUGAACUUAGAAGUGGAGAGCAAAUUGAAGAAAUGACCUUAAAUCUUUGUGUACUGACUCCUAAUCGAAUUAUUUGGGAUUCAGAAGUGAAAGAAAUCAUUUUAUCUACUAAUAGUGGCCAAAUUGGCGUAUUACCAAACCACGCCCCUAUUGCCACGGCUGUAGAUAUAGGUCUUUUGAGAAUACGCCUCAACGACCAAUGGUUAACGGUGGCUCUGAUGGGUGGUUUCGCUAGAAUAGGUAAUAAUGAUAUCACCAUUUUAGGAAAUGAUGCGGAGAUGAGUACUGACAUUGAUCCGCAAGAAGCUCAGCAAGCUCUUGAAAUAGCUGAAGCUAACUUGAGUAGAGCUGAGGGUAAGAGACAAGCAAUUGAAGCGAAUCUAGCUCUCAGACGAGCUAGGACACGAGUAGAGGCUGUAAAUGCUAUUUCCUCCUAGUCAAGUCAAUACAUCAAAAUAAUCAAAAGAAGUUCUUUAGAACUGUAUUAUUAUACACCACAUUUUUAUUCUGCCAAUUGAACACAAUCAAGUCUAAUCUGAUAUAACGAAAAAAAAAGAAAAUGGGUAGAAAGACUUAUUAGAUAUCACUCAAUUGACUUCGGUAUCUAAUAAGUUCUACCUACUAUUGGAUUUGAACCAAUGACUCCCGCCGUAUGAAAGCAAUACUCUAACCACUGAGUUAAGUAGGUUAUUUAUAACCAAAAAAGGACCCAUCACUUAUAGGAUUAUAAGUGGAAUAUUAUUUCUAAGCAAUACCAAUCUGUUAACAGUAGACGGAUCAGAGAGUUAUCAUGUGGAAUUAUUAUGGAAUAUCCAUCUUGACAAGAAAUUAUCCAUAUGUUAAUAUAUCUAUGACAAGGGCUAUAGCUCAGUUAGGUAGAGCACCUCGUUUACACGUGCGCCAAUGCUUUUCAAGGGAGCCCAUUAUGCAAUGCAAUAAACAUAAUUGAUCUUAUUGACAAAUCGAUGUCUUACUCCAUAGAUUCGAGGGAACAAGAGAACAAUAGCCUGACAAAUAUUGGGUGCGGUCCGAUUCAGGUGCGAAUUCAGGUGCCAAAUCAAAUAGAACCCGCCAUUGAUUUGAUAGUUGAUAAGGUAAAUACCCAGUCCAUUCAAUGCUAGGCAUAAUGAGUAUAAGGGCCUCAAAAUAACCUUUUUUCGUCCUAUGAACUUUAAGGUGUAUGAAGUCUCAUAUUCGACUCUUGCAGCGUAGCGAUAGAGACUCCAUCUAACUUAGUUAGAUCUAGGCCGAAGGCAGACCUAAGUCAAGGUAACCCUUCUUUGAAACACUUUGGUAUUGCUCCUAGAUCAGAAUACAAAUGAUGAAUCAGAGCACAUGGAGCCAUCUCAUUAUUUUCCUGUAAAGAAAAAUAUGGUGGACUAACUGAUCUUUACAUCAGUUUAUGAAAGAGCCCAAUGCAACAAAAUGCAUGUUGGGUCUUUGAAACAGUUCGAAUCAUUUCGAUAAUAAUCAGUUUGAUCUGUUUUA